AUGUUUAAUAGGUCAUCUUCUGCUGGUUUUGGUUCAAAUAUUUCAUCCACAUCAGGCACCCUUUCACAGCAACAACCUCCCACCGUUCCUUUCAAACCUUUCAUAGAGAAGGCUCCUAAUACAGGCACUUUAGAGUAUCAGAGCAUCUCUUGCAUGCCUGAGUACCGUAAUUGGUCAUUUGAAGAAAUAAGAUUAAACGAUUAUCAAUUGAACAGACGAUUCGCCACGCAGAACAUGUCCUCAGGAUUUUCAUUUGGUGCAAAUGCCAACACACAGAGUGCUAAUACAUCGCCAUUCGGCCAAAAUAAGACUGGAUUUGGAACAAAUACAUCUCCUUUCGGGGCCACAAACACAUCAAACACUGGUGGGGGAAUGUUCGGCAGUAAUAUGAACGCCAAUUCCUCCUUUGGCGCUGCCAAUAACAACCCCACUGGCGCAUUUGGUGCCACUAAUACUUCUCCAUUUGGGUCGGCCGCCAACAAUACAAAUACUGGUGGCGGUAUAUUUGGAGCUAGUAGUAACACACCUUUUGCAUCUACCAAUACUAACACAAACACAAAUGCAUUUGGUGCUUCUUCAGGAUUUGGAGGGUUUGGGGCCAACAACACCAACUCGUCUUCCACAGGAGCAUUUGGCGCUACUAAUAAUGCCAGCAAUACUGGUGGGCUUUUUGGUCAGAACAAACCUGCCGGAGGGGGGAUUUUUGGAGCCCCGGCUUCAACAAACACUGGGUUUGGAGCCACCAAUACCAGUAAUGCAUUCGGUACCAACACCGGAGGUGGAGGAAUAUUCGGUCAAAAUAAACCAGCUGGUACCACUGGUGGUGGACUUUUUGGUUCUAAUACAACGAAUACUAGCAACACAGGUGGUUUAUUUGGAGCAAACAGCAAUACUACUUCCAAUACUGGCGGAAUAUUUGGCCAAAAUAAACCAUCCGGUGGAAUUUUUGGCGCCCAACCUACAAACACCAAUACUGGAUUUGGAGCAUCUCAAAACACAGGUGCGUUUGGCGCUACAAAUAACACUGGUUCUGGAGGAAUGUUCGGACAGAGUACUCAAAACAACUUUACCAGUGGAAGUGGCGGUGGCAUUUUUGGGGCAUCAAACGUUUCCAAUACUGGUAAUUCAGCUUUUGGUGCGUCAAACAAUACAGGAGCUUUUGGAUCUACUGGAUCUACAGGAGGCAUUUUUGGACAAAACAAACCCGCUGGGGGUACCUUCGGCAACACAGGGAAUACAAUGGGUCUUGGCAUGAAUAACACUGCCAGUAACACAAAUGCUUUUGGUGCCCCCAGUAGCAACACCCCAAGUGCUUUUGGAAGCAAUACCGGCAAUACUGGAGGGCUGUUUGGGCAAAACAAUCAAACCACCAACACUGCAACUGGUGGUCUUUUUGGUCAGAACCAGAAUCAAUCGAAUACAGGGUUUGGGUUCGGCAACAAACCCGCUGGAACUUCUACCACCGGAGGAUUGUUUGGAGGUGCCAAUAAUGCCACAAAUACCAAUACUGGAGGUGGUUUGUUUGGAGGUGGUAAUACCAAUGCUAACACCAAUACUGGAGGCAGCCUCUUUGGGGGUAGCAACACAAACAAUCAACCUAGCACUGGAGGAGGUCUUUUUGGAGCAAGCAAUACUUCCAAUACAGGAGGUGGAUUAUUUGGUGCCAAACCUGCCACUAAUUUGGGAUCUUCCACCGGUGGUGGGCUGUUUGGGAACACCAAUUCUUCUAAUACCCAGGGAGCAACUGGGGGGCUAUUUGGAGCCAAGCCAGCUGCUAGUACAGGUGGUGGGUUAUUUGGUGGUACCAACACCGCCAACAAUCAGCCAACUGGAGGCGGUCUUUUUGGCAACAAACCUGCUACUGGUACUACUGGUGGAUUGUUUGGCGGUAAUACCAAUCAACAAUCUACAGGUGGUGGAUUAUUUGGGAAUAAUACUACCAGUAGCAAUACUGGCACAGGGGGGUCUUUGUUUUCUUCAAAUAAUCAGCAAUCUGGUGGUGGAUUAUUUGGAAAUAAACCUGAACAGCAGUUCAACGCUGGCAACACUAAUGCAAAUGCUAAUCUCGGCACAGCACAGACUUCUUACGGAUCGAGUAGUUUAUUUACCCAGGUUGCCACUCCUUCAUUGACCAGUGGAAACCAGCAAAAUCAACCACCUCCAUUGCCCUUGGCUCAACCAGUUAAGCGAGAGAAGAAGAAGUUGAGUCUGGUAAAUGCAUAUAAACUUACACCAAAGGCAUUAUUCAAUGCAUCCAGUCAAUCUAGAGUGAGUUCAAGAUCUACUGAAAGCGCAUCUGGAUCUGUUAAUGGUUCUGAUAAGGGAACCGCAUUAGUUCGAGAAACGGAUCAAGAGAUCUUGUCAAGUUCAAUUUUUGCUCCACCUAACGAUAUCAAACGUCUGGUAAUUCAAAGGGCAACUGAUUCUAGAGACUCGUCCAAUACAGCAAAUGCCCCAAGACACGUAGACUUUACCACCUCAGAGAACCAAAGUUUAGCUUUGUUACCAAAGGAGGAUAAUGACGAGAAAGUGCCGUUACAAGCCAAUGACGAUAUCAAGCAAUCUGUAGCAGAGACGGCUUCUGAAAAAGAUGUUACCUUCGACUCUAAAAAAACUAACGGAACUAAAGAAGAUUACGUGGAAACUGAGGAUAGCAUUUCGGAAGAGUAUUGGACUAAACCUUCAUUGAAGGAGUUGAAUACCUAUCCAGCUGGAAAGUUAAGAAAGUUGGAACAUUUCACUGUUGGCAGAUUGGGAUACGGAUCUAUCGAAUUCUUGAAACCUGUUGAUUUGACUUCAAUCUCAAGUUUGGAAAAAAUUUAUACUCUCAUCGUUUUUGGUAACAAGACAUGUGUGGUAUACCCUGAGGAAAGUAUCAAACCCAAAGUUGGAGAAGGAUUCAACUUACCAGCUGUCAUUACCUUGGAAAAUUGUUUUCCUCUGGCUAGAGAUACCAGGAAGCCAAUAACUGACCCAAUGCAUCAAUUAACGAAAAGGCAUAUAAAAAAACUUAACAACAUCCCCGGUACCAAGUUCAUCAGCUACGAUGCCACUACUGGUACUUGGGUCUUUCAGGUUGAACAUAUGUAA